GAGAAGAGCCGGAGAAGAAAAGAAGGAGAAUAGAGGCGCAGACUGAGAAGUUAGUGAUGAAAUGCUAAGCGCUGGCUGCAGAAUGGCAGUAGAUGAGGGCAGCUGUGGAGACUGGGAUGGCCGCUGGAACCAUGUGCAGAAGUUUCUGGAGAGAUCUGGGCCUUUUGUCCAUCCAGACUUUGAGCCAAGUACUGAGACCCUUCAGUUUUUGCUAGAAACAUGCAAGAUUUUGGUCAUCGGAGCAGGGGGCUUGGGUUGCGAGCUGUUAAAAAAUCUGGGUCUGUCGGGUUUUCGACAUAUACAUGUGGUGGAUAUGGACACCAUUGAUGUUUCCAAUCUCAACAGGCAGUUUCUCUUCAGGCCUAAAGAUGUGGGAAGGCCCAAGGCAGACGUGGCUGCGGAGUUUAUUAACAGUCGUGUUCCUGGUUGUAAUGUUGUUCCACACUAUAAUAAAAUUCAAGAUUUCGACGAGUCCUUCUACAAACAGUUCCAUAUAAUUGUUUGCGGUUUGGAUUCCAUUAUUGCUAGAAGAUGGAUGAACGGAAUGCUGUUAUCACUGCUGAGCUAUGAGGAUGGUGUUUUGGAUACUUCCUCCAUCAUCCCUCUGAUUGAUGGAGGGACUGAGGGCUUUAAAGGCAAUGCCCGAGUCAUUCUCCCUGGAAUGACAGCCUGCAUAGACUGCACACUCGAGCUCUACCCUCCCCAGAUAAAUUUUCCUAUGUGCACCAUUGCAUCCAUGCCACGGUUACCAGAACACUGCAUUGAAUAUGUGCGGAUGCUACAGUGGCCUAAGGAGAAACCAUUUGGAGAUGGUGUGACCUUGGAUGGAGAUAACCCAGAGCACAUCCAAUGGGUUUUCCAGAGGUCUCAGGAGAGAGCCGCAGAGUUUAACAUCAGUGGGGUCACCUACAGACUCACACAAGGGGUUGUGAAGAGGAUCAUUCCAGCUGUGGCCUCCACUAAUGCUGUCAUUGCUGCUGCCUGUGCAACUGAAGUUUUUAAGAUAGCUACAAGUUGUUAUAUUCCUUUAAAUAACUACCUGGUGUUUAAUGAUGUGGAUGGAUUGUAUACGUACACCUUUGAAGCAGAGAGAAAGGAGAACUGCUCAGCCUGUAGUCAGGUUCCUCAGAAGCUGCAGUUCCCUCCCUCAGCCAAACUCCAGGAUGUACUAGAGUAUCUAACUGAGAAUGCCUCACUACAAAUGAAAUCUCCAGCAAUCACUGCAACACUUGAAGGAAAAAAUAAAACCCUUUACCUACAGACUGUAGCCUCUAUUGAAGAACGAACACGGCCAAAUCUUUGCAAAACCUUGAAGGAACUAGGACUCGCUGAUGGACAGGAACUGGCCGUCGCAGAUGUGACUACACCUCAGACUGUUCUCUUCAAACUGAAAUUCACCUCAUAAUUCACCCGAGCAAAUACAGAUCGCCCUAAUGAACGAUCAUCUUUUCCUUACGUUAACUAUUUAACCAACGUGGUUUAAUACACACAGUGGACUGAACAAUUAUGUCAAAUCCCUCCUCUGACCUGAAAUAUAAGUUUAGGUUUUUUAGUCCUGUCCUGCAGUGACAGCCUUAUCCAUUGUGUGGAAGAUUAAGAGCUAGUGACAAAAAAUGUAAAGUAUCUGAUAUUAGUAACUAUAAUAUUGAAUAACUCCAUGAUAAUGUAAAUGACCGUUUUAUGUGUGCUGAUAUUUGACCAAUGAACUAUAAAACUAGUUCUGUGUUUCAGAAUGAAUACCAGCUGCAGAAACUUGUCAGUCCAUAAUGUAGCAGUGUGCACUAAAGCAGAUUCACUCACAUCUGUCAUUUGUUUACAAACCAAACCAAACACAAAUUCUGUAAAAUAAUUAUAACACAAAUGUUAGUCGCUGUGCACUGAUGGUUGGUGAGCAUAUUCUAUGUUAAUGAUGUAUGUAGUGUUUUUUUGUUUUUGGGUUUUUUUUGCAGAAUUUAAACAAACCAGUGUGACUCUUCACUUAAUGUACAUAUCAUGUUUCUUAGAUGCUUGUUGAUAAACGUGCUUUAA